UGAACAGUAUAAACAAGAAAAUGGAUUCGUUCAGGGGCGUGGAGACACCAAGGGGGUUGGGCGGGGUUUCUGGACCCCAAGAUUUAACAGUUGGGUUGGAUAUGCCAAUAAAGGAGUUGAAGGCGCUGCUGUUGAAGGAGGAGGUGAAGCUGCUUCUAUUGACAGCUCCAGGAGGAUGUGGGAAAACAACAUUGGUGAAAAUGCUCUGUCAGGAUAAAGAAAUUAAGGGCACAUUUAAGGAUAAUAUUCUCUUUGUCAACGUUUCAAAAACUCCCAACGUGAAGGUCAUUGUACAAAUCCUACUUAGUCAUAAGGGUUUGUAGCCAAAGUUUGAAAUUCAAAGUGAUGAAGAUGCAAUCGAACAACUGCAACAACUGCGGGAACAUAUUGGAUCUGAUCCUAUGUUGUUAAUCCUGGAUGAUGUCUAGCUUGGAUCAGAAUCCCUUCCUGAAAAGUUUGGGUUUAAGAUUCCAAAUUACAAGAUUAUGGUUACUUCAAGAACUGCAUUUCCAAGAUUUAAAUUUAGAUACAACUUAAACCCACUAAAUGACAAAGAUGCAAUGACUCUUUUUCCUCCCUCAGCAUCCCUGCAAGAUGGGUGCUCUAAAAUUCCUGAAGAAGAUAUCAAAAAGAUAGUAAAAGGCUGUGGGGGGCUCCCACUGGCUCUUAAAGUGAUUGGAAGCUCACUGUGUGGGCGGUCUGAAGAGGAAUGGCACUGUAGACUAACGAAAUGGUCUGGUGGUCAAUUUUUUUGCAGUUCUGAUACUGAGCUGCUUGGUCAACUUCAAAAAAGCCUAGAAUUUCAAGAUGACAAGGUCAUCAAAGACUGUUUCAUGGACCUAGGUUCAUUUCCUGAAGACCAAAGGAUCCAUGCUGCUGCCCUCAUAGACGUGGGCAGAAUUAUAUGAAUUAGACGAAGAUGGCAUCCUUGCCAUUGCCAAUUUGCAAGAACUCACUACUCGGAAUUUGGCUAAUCUUGUCAUGGCAAG